CAAGUAUGUUGUAACCCGCUUGCUGGAAUUAUAGGUUGCGCUUGCAGGAAAUUCGAAACAGAUGGUCUUCUUUGUUGCCAUUGUUUGAAAGUUUUAGAUGUGCUCGACAUAAAGCGUAUUCCUGAUUCCUACAUUUUGAAGAGAUGGACACGGGGAGCAAGAACUAUGGUAGUUAAUGACAAUAGGGGGAAAGAAAUUGAAGAGGAUGUCAACCUGGACCGUACACAGCGGUAUAGGCGUAUUUGUCAUGAAUUUGUUCAAAUAGCAUCAGAAGCUGCUAACACAUUUGAGGGUUACGAAUUGAUGAAAGAUGCUGCUAAUGAAUUAAGAUUGAAGGUUGGUAAUAUUAGAAUCAACCCAGCCGAUUGCCCUGAUAUGCCAAUAUUGCCUGAUUUCUCAACUGACGUGUAUGAUGGGAUACGUUUCAAACAUAAAGAGAAAAGUAAGGGUGGAAGAAGGCUAAAGAGUUGGGUCGAAAAGCAAGGCAAAAAAAAAAAGAGUGGAGGGCCAAGUAAUAGUCAACAACUACAAGAACAACAACCAACUCCUGCCUCAUACAAUAUGCAACUGUUUGAUAACAUUUAUCCCGGUUACAUGUCACUUAUGGAGUCUAUUUCCCAUAUGUCAUCUCAAGCAUCUGCAGUUCAUCAAUCACAAGCAUCUGCAGUUCAUCAAUCACUAGAUGAAGAUUUAUUUAUUUGCUAUUAA